AUGAGACUACAUAUCAAAUACCUUAUCAGUCUGUAUAGGGCGAUUAAUAAUCCUCGACUUUCUAUCUUGGCAAUUGAUUAUAGCUUGGCACCUGAAGUUGUAUUUCCCGCUGCUUUAACCGAGAUCGCAACUGUUUAUUCAGAGCUUGUCGAUCACGACGGCUGCAACAACAUCAUUCUUUCAGGAGAUUCGGCUGGAGGUAACCUUUGCAUUGUACUAAGUGCACAUUUAAAACAUCAUUAUGAAGACUUGUCUGUGCCGAGCAGGUAUGUUCAGCCUAUUGCAGAGGUACUGAUCUCACCCUGGGUGGAAUUGGACCCUGUCUUGCAAGGGUCUUAUGUUUCCAACAAGGAUUCAGAUGUUUUAGGUGGAAGCUUUCUAAAAGAGGUUUCGAAACUUUACUGCCCAGAUAAUAAACUUCAACAGAGUCCCUUUGUGAAUCCAGCCCGAUCCAAACCGGAAUUCUGGGAAGGAGUAUUUCCCGAAAAGACCUUGGUGACUUUUGGUCAAAAUGAGAUUAUGAGAGAUGAUAUUAUUAAAUUUGCCAGAAUUGCAUCCAUAGAGCAUAGAUACGGAGAUAUCGGUGGUUUUCAUUGUUCUGUAUUGUCAGCAAAGAACUAUGAUCAGAACAAACUGUUCAACGGGAUUGUCUCAUUCAUACAAAGGUCACUACAGCAAACUGUCGGAUUGGCUGCUGGUGAAGCUACUGCUGUAGAUAUAGAGGCCCUAGAGAGUAGGAACAAAGUGAUGCGCACUAGUAAGCUUUAA